AUGGAGUCAGGCUCUCAGACAGCUGUCCUGCAGAAGCUGUUCGAUGACCUUUGUAGAGAGACGGACCAAAGAAAGAUCUACCAAACGCUGAUGGAACUGUCUACUGUGCCGAGCCUGUGUGACUCCCUGGCAGAGAUUGGCUUCAGAGAGACCAUCAAGCAGCUGAAGAAACAGCAGCUUCUAGUCCAAUUUGUAAAGGACUUAGUAGCCAAGUGGUCCCCUGGGCUCCCGCAGGGCCCGCAGGACCUUGGCUUGGAGAUGAGCCUCACAAGGGAGCACCAGAGCAACUCUCCAGAAGAGAAGCCCCUGGAAACAGCAUCCCCGGAAGGCCGAGGAGCUGGGAGAGAGGUCUUUCUUCAGCUCAGCCACUGUGAGCCAGGCAAGAUCUCUCGCCUGAAGCCGAGCCAAACAUCACACAUAAGGGCCGAUCCUUGGGCACCUAGCAGUCAGAACCUGGAUCCAAGAGAAAGCCUGAGCUCUGAGCGGCACCUAGGUAGCCAGAACCAGGUGCAGGAAAGACCGCCCAGGGCAAGCCUGGAGAAGACUUGGCAGCAUGAAGGAGCCGAGCCCCUCCUCUCCAGAAAGCCAGGUUCUGAGACAGGCAAUCCCAAGUGGCUUUUGUGUGGGGGGCACAGGAAGAGCCAGCCACCAGACCACUGGAAGCAGGAGGAAGCCCCUGGGGAUGGUUCAUUGUGGAGUUGCCUCCAAGCUGAAUACUGCUCUUCUUCUUCUUCUUCUUCUUCAUCUUCUUCUUCUUUGGCCCUGCCUCCCCGCAAGAGGAAGAGGGAAUCCCCCUGUCUGGCUGGGGUGCAGAGGCCAGCUGCCAAGGUGCCUCGAGGUGAGUCUAGAAGCUCCCAGGAGCCAAGUCCCAUCACUGACUGUGCCAUUCCGGAGUCCCCCUCGACUGGCCAAGCCUGCUUCCCACCGGAUGUUGUCCUGGAUCCCUCUUCCUCUCAGCAGGAUCAAGACUCCUCAACUUGCUGGUGGGCACUGAGGAAGAAGCACAAGACCCAAGUCUAUUCGGGUUGCAGGCCCGCACCCCAUCUCCAGCAGAAAUCCCACCAAAGGCUCCAUUCAGAGGAGGGCCUUGGCAUCAGGAUUGCUGCUCACGGCCAGGCUCCCAAGGAUGAAGCUGAGCCAGAGCAACUGGAUGAAAACUCCCAGCCUGAGACCCAGACUUGCAAGCCAACCCAUAGCAGCCCUGAGUCUGCCACACACCUACAGCUUCAGGAAUCCCAAGAGGAGAGACUGCAAAGACUCAGAGCCCGCAUCCAAAUCACAUUGGACAAGAGGCUGCAAGCCAGACAGACAAAGAUGGUCUUCCACACCCAGCACAAGGGUCCUGACCAACAAGGACAGCCUGGACCCAGAGGGGCUGCCUUUGCUCCACAUUCACACAGCCUUCCUAAGGCUUCUGCCCAUCCCAGAACCCAGAAGGCUCCCCAGAUGCCCUCUGUAGCAAGAGACUGCAAGAAGGCCCCUGCUAAGAGACCCGCCCCUCUCAUGGCCAAAGCACUGAAGGACUACAGCAAUCGCUUCUCUAGAAGGUGA